GCCGCGGAGGUGCGGGUCGGGGGAGGCCGGGCUCGCCGUUCCCUGCGCCGGAGCAGCAGCAGCGGCGGAGGCGGCAUCCAGCGGCGGAGCCGGCAGUUCCAGCCCGUGGCUUUACUUUUGGCUGCACCCACAGAGCCAUUAUGCCGAAGCGAAAGUCUCCAGAGAACACGGAGGGCAAAGAUGGAUCCAAAGUCACUAAACAGGAGCCCACCAGACGAUCUGCCCGAUUGUCGGCGAAACCUGCUCCUCCCAAACCUGAGCCAAAACCAAGGAAAACAACUGCUAAGAAAGAACCUGGAGCAAAGAUUAACAGAGGUGCUAAAGGGAAGAAGGAGGAGAAGCAAGAAGCUGGAAAGGAAGGUACUGCACCAUCUGAAAAUGGUGACACUAAAGCUGAAGAGAUCCACAUCUCUCGCUCAACUGUUAAUGUCUCAACCUCCAGAAGUACCCCACCCAGCACACUGUCAGUAAAGGGGCAGAUUGAAACAGUGAGAGUUAAGGGUACAGUAGAAAAUUCUGCAUGUUUGCAGUGACUAGAAUCAGAUAGUAGUGUGGUGCUUUUUGGUUUUGUUCUUGUUUUUGUUUUUUGGUUUUUUUUGUUAUGAACAGUGGGACCUCACAGGUAAGGCUUCUGUGGUUGCUUGGAAAGCAGAAAGCAGCAAGUGCAGCAGAGUGUUCGCAUAAUACCUUCAGCCUCGUCUGUUUUACACCCAGAGUUGAACUAGGUGGUGCGGUGAAGCCACAUGAAAACAAAUGCUCACAAGUGUGUGUUGGUGGGUGGACUUUUCUUUGGUUGUGCUAGUUUUAGUGUAGUAACUAUGUAUUUUUUCUUUCUUUU